AUGCCGCCUUUGCAACCUUUCGCGGCCGCUUGGUCGCGAGGCGCUUGCUGCGAUGCUCUCUUCAAGACCCCUGAGCCUACGGCAGAGGGCGAUGCGCAGCCGCCAUCCCCUCCGCGACCUCGAUUCCGAAUUAAGAGGAGGAAUGCGUCGAAUCUUACCGCGCCCACGCAGCAGUUUCUCGCCUCAGUAGCGGCUGCAGAUAUCCCCAUCCCGAGCAUCGAAGAGCCCCGUGUGCUCGACGAGGAUAUGGAUGGUGGCAUGUACCCGUUGUCCCAGCUGAGCGACAUGGACGACAUGCCCUUGACACCACUUCUUGUCCCAGAGCGCAUGUUCUCGCCUCCCAAAACCCCUGCGCCCGGACUCGUACCCUCUCUGUCCCCAAAGCAGUUCCCGAAAUGGUCUCUCGAUUCGACCAUCAGCAGCCUGGAGUCAAGCCCAGACUACGAGUCUAGCCGUCCUUCUACUGCGCACUCAACACACACCAGCACUUCCCUGCUCAGCUACUUCUCAAUCAGCUCCGAGGAGUUGAAUGGAUGUGUCAGCCCCGACACAGAACAAGGCGAUCACGUUGUCGAGCUGCCCUCGGCUGAAGAUGCCGACAAGACCAUCAAGGCGCAACCGAGUGCAGUAUCCAGAGGAAAGUUGAGGAGGGCACCUUGGACCAAGCCAAUGAGCCAGCACCUGUGGUCUACAUACAUGAUGUACCUGCAAGAUCCCAAAGUUACACCUAUUCGGCUCGGUAAGAGCGGGAUCCCCCCACACGGUGUAUGCUUGCGUGUUGCGCGGGAGGCAAAGAGGAGCUGGAAAGGAUCCAAGUCGCAGGCAAUUGCCGACAGCAAAAGCGGUAGCACAACACCAACCGCGCAGCGCUCCGGCACCUUUGUCCAAUGGCCGCAUACUUGUGCAGCCACCCGAGCCCAUCUCAGAGAGCUCUCCAAAGUUAAUGCGAGGACGUCAGCACGUAAUCAGCAGUACCUGGCUCCCAGCCCAACCCCCUUUGGAAAGAGUGCGGCUCGCUUCUGGAGCCGCCGCUCUGCCUCGGUAUUCUCUGGUCAGGACAUGGUCAUGUCGUUGGCCGUCAGUACGUCGGAGUCGAUGCAGCUGCAGGGUCCUUUGGCCCAGCUCACCAAUUCGCUCCCUGACCCUCCUCAACUCGAGGAGCUCCCUCCUCCACCAUCCUACACGGAGGCAUUUCCUCCCUUCCCUGGACACGAGCCUCUGGAGUCUGAUGGUGCCCCGCUCGCGUCGCCAUUUACCACUCGAAGCUACGGCCCAAGCUCUUCAAGUUCGCUCCCCUCGAGCUUCGUCAUCGAUUCAGACCUGCAUAGGCAAAGUCACACAACCGGACCGCGCCGGGCUCUGAAGUCCCCCGUCAGACUCACCCGCAGUCGAUCUACGCAGAAACGACGGUCGAAGCAGCCGCUGCUGGAGCCUCGCAGAAUCAAGCGACCCAGUCUUGGAUCCGAUCUGUGGGUGGAUCCAACCUCUGCCACCGAGGAGCCCAGCACUGCACCGGCAAUGCCUGAAUUCAGCUCUUCCUCUCUGGAGGAGAGAGACAGCUUGUUUGUCCCUCGCGCGAACCUCCAAGAGCUUUUCGAGGCUUCUCGCCCCCAACCUCCCCAAUUGGCCAUGUUGGCGGCUCCAGUCGAGGCUCCCCCACGGCUGGGUUCGCCUUUUUCACUCACAAACUCAAGUCACUCUUUUCCAAAUCGCUUAACGCAUUCUUCGAGCAUCGACAUGGGGUCGAUUCGCCGGCCUUUCAACACUGUUCGACCAUCCGGAGACAGUGGCCCUGUGACGCGUUCAUCGCUGGCCACCCGGCUUGCCUACAUCGACGACCGCCUCAAGGACUUUCGCCGCCGGGGCCUACCUCGGCGACGAUCCGAGUCGCCGCUUUAA